ACAGCUGAUUUCCUGUGGCAAUGUUUAUGUCAGUUUCCCGAGACGAUCGGAGAAUAUGAACCCAUAAAGUGUGAGCGGAGAACGGCGGCUCCGAGCCGAGAUGGCCGAACCCAGCUCGAUCCCAAUCCAGGACGAAAACAACUGUCCCAUUAAAGUGGUCCAUGACCGCAAGAGAAGGCAGUUCCAGGUCCGGCUGAACGAUUCACACGAGCGGGCAGUGCUUUUGUACGAGUACGUGGGAAAGAAAACCAUUGACCUGCAGCACACUGAAGUCCCUGAUGCCUACAGAGGAAGAGGAAUAGCAAAGCUAAUGGCUAAGGCUGCCCUGGACUUUGUGGUUGAGGAGGAUCUGCGCGCUCAUCUGACCUGCUGGUACCUCCAGAAGUACGUCAAAGAAAACCCACUGCCUCACUACGUGGAACGGAUACAGAUGCGGGCACCCACGGAUUUUCACCUCCGCUAGGAUCUGGGGGUCCUGCCCAUAGGGAUAAUUGUUAUGUUCUUGACCUUUCCUUUCUUUUUUGGUGGGUGGGGGGGAUGAGGGUGUUGGGUGUUAUAUUAGUAUUUGCUGUGCAAUUUAAAAAUGCAAAAAUAUCUUUGAGUGGGGGACUGCAGGUAACAUUUUCUGAGCCCUGGUUUUCAUUGUGUGGGAUGUGUUCCUUUCCAAAUCUGAUGGACUCUUAACCUCAGAUGGAUUAGGAUUCCUUCCACAAUGAGAUCUUUUACUGGUAAGGACUUUACUCAACUGUAGGUUCCAAUGUUAUUACUAAAAAGGGAUUAUUACCUUCCAUAUCUUGCCCAGCAAAAUGGAGGGACAGUGGAGAGGGAUGACAUGGAGGGAGGGUGGACUAAGGGAGAUGAUGUUUAGGGAGGGAGGGUAGAUUGAGGAAACUGGGUUGACAAUGGAGAGAAGCUGGGCUGUGCGGACUAUUGAUCACUGUGUAAGAGGGGGGCGUUAAAGUGCCUGAGAGGCACCAUGUACAAUAGGCCUGAGUGAGUGGAAGCAACCGGACAAAUGUAUCAAAUAUUACCAUGUACACAACAAAAAAUAAUCAAGAAACCUAGCACAGCCUAUAGAGAGCAGCAGACGAUUGGAAUCAACUGAGUCAAGUGAGGGGAGUGGAAAUGCCCCUUCGAUUGUGAAGGAGGGCCUGGUUCAGUCUCAGCGCUGUGAGGACAAUCCCACUCAAUGUGGGCUGAAGCCACAGACUGAAAGGGAAAGUGGUCUUGGGGCAAUGAGAGAGGGCUUGAAUAUAGAAUUGGAUGAUAUUUGGGAAGCACAAGUUCUUUCCUAAACCCCAAACUCUCUCUCAGCUGCAAGAUAAAAUGCUUUGAUCCAGACCCCAGUGAGGCAGCAGGUUGGUUUUGAGAAGAACAGCGAUGUCAACCUUUGUGUUUGUGCGGUGACUUUAUUGCAGAAACACCUCCCAAGUUGCUUUACCGGGGCAGAAGGAUAUCAAAUGUCCAGCUGUGCUUGGCUGACCAUUUCACUGUUUCUUUUCUGAGACAAACUGAUUAAAAUAGGACAUUUAAAGAAAAAAAUAGAUUUUAAAUCUUAUUUUUCAUGACCUUGGGACCCUGCAGAGUGUUCUUGACCAAAUGAUUACCUUUUUGUAGAGCAGUUAGUGUUGUAAAAUGGCUAGAUGAAACAGCCAAUUUCCACAUGGCGAGCUCCCGUGAGCAAUUCCAAGGUAGGAGACCAGAUCUUCCCAUACUGAGGACACUCCCCCAUCUCAGAUGUUGGCCUACAGGGGAGCUAUUAGACUGAGGUCUCUUGGAUUCGUUCAGGAACAACAGGGGAGUUCUCCCUGGAUCUCUGGCCAAUAUUUAUCCUUUGAUCUGGUUUAGCUGAAGCAGAUGAUUGGGUCAUUAUCAUAUUUCAGCUAAUGGGAUCUUCCUCUGUGUAAAUUGGCAGCUGUGUUUCCUACAUUACCAGAGCAACUCCAUUUGCAAUGUUUGCAAAGAACUUCCAAUCAUCCAGAUUGUGAAAGGUGCUCCAGUUAAAGAUUAACUUUAUUCAAAGUUUAAAUUUAAAAGUUAAAUUUAUUGAACAAUUGUAUCUAUGGCAGACCCACCUGUUUGGUGUUUGCAUAGUAAAUGUAUGUAUUGUUCAAAGGAAUCUGAAUGUUGUGAAUUAACUGACACAGUGGCUCCAGUUCAGCAAGCCCUAUUAACCUGGAGAGUUAACUGAGGCUGUUCUGAAUUACCUGGUUACUGAAAUACCUCUCACUGGAGAAAACUUCAAUUAAUGAUGGUCAUCUCAUUUCUGGGAUUUGCCAUGCACCUGAAUUCUUUACCUACUUAGCAUCACCGGGGAACUGAUCAGAACAAAUUCACAGGUCUCAACCUGGCAGUAGACCAGGCAGCUGUAAGAACAAGAGAUUGCCUGAUUCAUAUGACAGUGAGUGUGUUAAACCACGUGUGAAAUGUCAUUGCCUUCAGCUUGAAUGCAAACAAUGUCCCGUCACCCCAAAUAAACACAUUAAAGCUUGGUGAUUAAAGGAGUGGAUGCACAUUACUACUUCAGCCUGUUGAUGAUGUUAAAUGCAAUGUGGUCUAACUCCACCUUCCCUUCCCAUCCUAACAAUGCCCAGGCAGAGAAAAGUUAGCCACCAACUUGUUCUAACUCUUAAAGCUUUUAGUACUGGACUGCUUGAUGGUAAGAAUGGAGCUUGACAGACCAUGAGGUGACAGAUAAAUUAUUUUAAGGAGUUUUCGAAAGUUCCCUUUUGUCCUUCUAUGUAGGAGUCAGUCUGGGAAGGAAAGUUCAUCUUACAGGCUCUCUGAACACUGAUUGGAUCAAAUGCAACGUUUUACUCAAUUGAAGUCAUUAUAGGACAAGAAUAAAAAUUGCAUGGAUAGCAGAGUUUAACUGAGACUAUUCCUAAUGAUCUGGUUAACAAACACCUCUCAUUAGAGAGAGCAGUUAAUGAUAGUCAAUUCAUUCUGGAAUAUGCAGUGCUUCCCCUGCUGAAUACUUACUUAGUAUCACUGGAGAACAAGUUGGGAGUAAAUUUAUAGGCUUCCAUUUGCCAGCAGAAUGGCCGGUAGAGGGAAAAAUUGCCCCCGUUGUAUUCAAGCUUCCUGAACCCCAAAAUUUGCCCCUGAAGGAGGAAGCAUUUGUUCACAGGACUCAAACCUACAACGCCACCAGUUGCUGGUUUGGCUUCAUUCCUUAUUUAUGGUUGGACUGGAAUGUUCUCCUUGAUUUGCUGCAUGUCCACUUCCCUUUUCUGAAAAUCUGAGGAUCCAUUAUGUUUUAUCCAGGAAAUCAAAGGAAUUCCCUCAAGAGCUAAAAAUUAAGGGGUGAUCACACAGAAACACUACAGAGUGGAGAGUGAAACAGAGUUAACAUUUCAAAUCAAUGCUCUUUCAUUUGAUGAACAGUUGAAUCUGUUUCUUAUUCCCAGGUAGUGCCUGGUCUGCUGAGUGUUUCCAGCCUUUUCAGAUUUCCAGCAGGUUUAUGAGCUUUGCUGAGUUAGAAAGGAAGUAUUUUGUGUGGUGAGGGCUGGAUUGUCAACCAAAAGUCUUAGACUUGGAGGCAGGUUGAUGUGGUGAUGCCAGGAAGCCCUUAUUCCAACAUUGAAAAUCGAGAACACUCUCCAUCUCAAGGGGCCGGGGGGGACAAAAUUCCAAAGUGAGAUCAGUAGUUGUUUGCCAGUUAUGGGUAUCAAGGAUGUAAAAAGAGAAUGGAUGGAUGGGUUUAAGGAACAGCCCAUACACCUGCCUGCACCCCCGUCCCCCCUUCGGAAACCUUCCAAAAUUCCCUGUCCCAGCUUUCCACACUUACAUCUUGCACACUGUGUUGAUGCUAUGUAACGUUCUCUGUGGGGAGAUAAUCCUUCCAGUGUAGACUUUUCUGAGUGUUAUUUCAUACCUUUUUAUGUAUCCUUUAUGCAAAGAAUCCAAUUAUUUAGUCUUUAGUUUUACAAAGAAAGCAAUAAAUUUCUAGCAAACAGCA